UGUAGAGACCUCAUCUGGGAACGAAGAGAUGUGCACGAGCCCUUGGCACCCAUAUGCCCCUUUUGCAUUUUAGCGUUGGCAUUAAAAACCAAAUCACUCUCGGCAACUUGAAUUGCUUUGUAAGUGAGCAGGUGAAGGUGCCCAAAUCAUUCACGCACCUCUUGAUUCCGUAGCUCCCCUAGAAAACUAUGGUCAUGGCCGCCCAAGACCAAAAGCCGUCGCAGCGGGCUCCGGUUCGCGUCGGAUUUUAUGAUAUUGAGCGCACGUUGGGAAAAGGCAAUUUUGCGGUUGUGAAGCUCGCGAGACAUCGUAUCACGAAAUCAGAGGUGGCCAUUAAGAUCAUAGACAAGACCCAACUAGAUGCUGUGAACUUGGAGAAGAUCUAUAGAGAAGUGGAAAUCAUGAAGAUGCUGGACCAUCCUCACAUCAUCAAGCUUUACCAGGUCAUGGAGACCAAAAACAUGCUCUAUCUGGUCACAGAGUAUGCAAGAAAUGGAGAGAUAUUUGAUUACCUUGCCAGCCGCGGGCGGCUCAGCGAGAUGGAUGCGAGGAGGAAGUUCUGGCAGAUCCUAUCAGCGGUGGAGUUCUGCCACGAGCGCAACAUUGUUCACAGGGACCUGAAGGCUGAGAACUUGUUACUGGAUGCACAUAUGAAUAUUAAAAUAGCAGAUUUUGGCUUUGGAAACUUCUUCCGUCCUGGGGAGCCCCUGACCACUUGGUGUGGCAGCCCCCCAUACGCAGCUCCAGAGGUGUUUGAGGGGCAGCAGUAUGAGGGUCCACAACUGGACAUCUGGAGCAUGGGGGUUGUUUUGUACGUGUUGGUAUGUGGCGCUCUUCCGUUUGACGGCCCCAGCCUUCCCAUACUCAGACAGAGGGUCCUGGAGGGCCGUUUCCGCAUCCCCUACUUCAUGAGUGAGGACUGUGAGCACUUGAUCAGGAAGAUGUUGGUUCUUGACCCAGCCAGACGCUUGUCCCUAUGUCAGAUCAAAGACCAUCGCUGGAUGAUGCAGGAGGUCCCGUCCCAGCGGCCAGUGCUCUACAGACAGGGUCUGCCCAGCGAGAGUAAAACAGGCUUGAUUGAACACAGUGAACAAGUGCUGAGACUGAUGCACAGCCUCGGCAUUGACCAGCAGAAAACCAUUGAGUCUCUCCAGAACAAAAGCUAUAACCACUUUGCUGCUAUCUACUACCUACUCGUGGAGCGGUUGAAAGCGCAUCGCAGCAGUUUCCCUGUGGAACAGCGUUUGCACGCCAGCCAGCGCCGCCCUAGCACCAUCGCUGAGCAGACUGUUGUCAAGACCAAUGCAGUUCCCUCCAAAGUUGGCACCACUCCACAGGCAGCACGUCACCUACACUCUCCAGUUCUGUUGCAGUCCACCACAGAUACAUUUACUUUCCCACAAACCCCUGCUUCCCCAGACAAGACACUCAUGGAGGAAGAUGUAGCCACUCCAAAGGUGGAUGGCUGCUUGCUGGACCCACUCCCUCCAGUCGUUGUCCGCAAUGUCAGCAGCUCACUACCUAGCAACGUUAUGGAGACGUCAAUUGAUGAGGGCAUUGAGGCAGAGGAGGAGCAUGCUGUGCCCCUCACUGCCUUUCAUACUGUUCGGUUCAGUCAGCGCCGGCAUACACUGUCUGAGGUCUCCAACCAACCUGGUGUGCUGCCUGUCACAGGUCUCAACCCAUCUCUCAGCAGUAUGGACUCAGAGUACAGCAUGGGUUCUACUCAGAGUGACUUCAGCUUGCCUGAGGAGAAUCCUGCUCUUAAAGAUGUAUUAAACACUACACCUGCCAGCUCCCAAGCACCGGUCUUCCUCGGCAUGAAGCCCUUGAAUCCCACCCUGCAGCCGCUUAACCCAGAGGGAUGUGAUGCUCAUAAUCACUCACUAAUCAGUUUCAGAGAGGGACGGCGGGCUUCGGACACCUCGCUUACACAAGGUUUAGUGGCAUUCAGACAGCACCUCCAGAACCUGGCCAGGACCAAGGGCUUCCUGGAGCUGAAUAAAGCCCAGAUAGUUUUAGGAGGUGGUGGAGGAGACGCCAACCCCACCAUCAACCCUCAGGAGCUGAUAGAGCCUCACCAUCCACUCACUCACCAGAGGGACAGUCAGUUGGCGAGUGGUCUUGGAAGUGGUCAGAUGUUUUGUAAAGAGCCUGCACCGCGCACUUUAGAGCAACAUCUACAGGAGCACAGACUACAGCAGAAACGGCUCUAUCUUCAGAAGCAGUCUCAGGUACAGGCCUACUUCCAUCAGAUGCAACUGGCAGAAGAUGCUUUCCCCAAUCCUCAGGACUGCCGAGACCCCCAGCACAGCAGUAGCCCCGUCUCCAGCCCUCCCUUCACACGGACCCAAACCCUAACCCCUUUCCUGGAGCCAAGCACCUUAUCUCUACCAUACGGCCCCAAAGCAACACGCUAUCCAGACUGGCCUCCACCACCUGCACACUCAGACAGCCACACAAACUACACGACAUCCCUCCCCACAGAGCCUCUCUACGCAUGGAGUCCCGCCCCGCCACCUCUCCCACCAGGCAAAGCCGAGAGCCCUUCAUCCCAGCCCGCACCUGAGGCCCCCUUCCUGGACUGUGAGAUGAUGGAGACCGUAGAAGCCCCACAAGGCUGUGUACUUGUAAACUAAUUGUGCACUGGAGGUGAAAUGGACCACUCUGAGGCUGGCUCUCAGGCGUGACUCAUUUGAGGGAAGUUAUGGUGGGGGAAACGCCCUCAGGGACAAGAUGGUUUGGUUUGUGUCAUCAUAUAAACCAGCAGACCCUAUAAUCUCGUGCACUUGAUCCUGUGGCACAACCAGUCGUGAAAAUUACAUGACAUUUUUGCAAAAUUAUAUUACGUGGUUCCGUACACAUAUCACGGCAGUUAAUAGGUAAAAUGUCCACAGUGUGGCGCUAAAAGCAAGUAGAAGAGGAUUUUAAGGAUAAUGCUCUAAGUUUAAAUCUUAAAAACUUACCUCCCUACCCUAAACCUUAAACCUAAACCUAACCGGUAGGGUCAUAAAAGCAAAUGUGACAUGAAAAACAAAAUUUCUAAAGCAACGUCAUUUUGUUGUGCUUCUGUGACAUUUUCGUGACGUGUCGACUCAUACCCCAGUCUUUAGCAUCAGAAGUGUUAUGCUCUAUCAGUUGAGCUACCGCGAUAAUUUGAUUUGUGUUUAGAUGUCAUAAGACAGGAGUCUUUUUUAAAUGAUAAUCAGCUGUUUUACUCGUGAUUUGUGUGAAAGUAAAUACAGGUCAUUGUUGUUGUAGCGCCUCUAGUGUUCAUUUCACCAGAAAACUGCCGUGAUAUGUACAAGCCACCUUAAAAAUGAUUUUGCAAAAAUGUAGGUAUAGCAAUGUGAUUCUAUGAGACCAGAUUGCGUAGAUCAUUAUAGACCUUAUUUAACAAAGAUGUAUGUGAGACGUAGUAGUGUCCUGAAAAUUUGUUCGGUAAGCACAGAUAAAAUAGUGCAGCUACCAUAGAGUUUUUGGUCAGUAUUAAAGCAUUACUCCUUUUUUCCUAUAAUACUCAUAACGAGUUUCAGUGUUUUAAAAGUAGUUUAUAGUUUCAUCCUUAAAUUAUCAAUAGCUACUCAAUUUUUUGUUAUUAGUAUUGUGUCAUUUUUAAUAAAAGAUCAUUAACAGAAAACUUGUAAAUAUUAGGACUUUUCUAAUGUGUAAAAUAAGAAGAUUAAGAAAUAAUGUUAACAUCAACAUGAAAAGGCAUUCACAACAGGGCGGGACUUGAUUUUAUCCAUCAGGAAUUGAUUGGAUUAUAAAAAGUGAGUAAAGAGUUCGCUAAAAGAAUGCCUAAAAAGUUAUUUGGCUCUUGGUUAACAUAAUCCAAUAGCCAGGGUGGCCUAUAGGUGACAUCAGAAAUAAGGAAAGUAGUUUCAGAGGCAGAGCAAGACUCUUUGGACUAACAUGCAGUGACGAAUCCUGCACAAUAGAGCGCAACAGUCUGGUUUUGGAAGUAAAAAUCCCAUAACUUUUUCUAUAGAUGAAUUCAUUUUCAACAAUUUCUAAUAAACGUUUAAAGACAGACCUACCGUGAGCUCCGAGGUUGUUCAUCAAUGGUAUAUGCUUCCGUUGAAGCCAUUAGACUGCGUUAUUCCUGGUGAACAACUACACUACUCAUGAUUCAUCAGAGAAAGAUCCACCAAUCAGAGAACUGUGGCCAACAAAGCCUGUGAAAAGAGCCCAAGAGCGACCGCCCACUUCCAUGACGCACUAUGAAUGGCGUAAUCAAGUCGGUCUCCAUUCAACCUUAAACUACAUAUUUGUGUAUAUCGGAGUAUUUUGCAGUAAACGUAAAAUAUACUGUUUCUAUACUUCUAAUCAACAACCAAAAAUAAACAGUUUUAUAUAUUUGCAUCGUUUUUUAUUCAAUGACAUCAUACGCAAUGCUUCAUGGGGUUGUAGUUCAUGCCCUCCUGAAAGACGGUAAGUACGCAGUCUUGUACCUUUGUCUUUUUGUCCGAUUUUCAAAUACUAUUUUGCUUCAAAUCAAAGUUUGUAAUUAUGUGAUUCACCUUGGAGCUGGUUGGAUUAGUCCAUAACUUAGAACUCUUUUAUAAAGGAUUUUAUGAAAAGCCUAUGGAAAAAAUGAAUGGGGAAAAAUACUUCCAGAACCCAGAUGUCUGAAAAAGUGGGCGGGUACUGUUGUGCUCUAUAAGACCAGGAACAUGCAUUGUAUAUGUAAAAAGGGUUGAUUCUGAGUUCACGUUGACUUUAAAAUUACACUACCUGGCCCUACUGAGGAACUUUUAAAGUGGGGUGGGGAAGUAGUAAAGUACAAGGUUACAGUACAUGUUUUUUCUGCCAAUAUGUUUGCUUGAGUUAAAUGGAUUGAGCCAAUCAGAAUCCAAUAAAAAAAAUUAACGAUACAUUGAUGGAGCAGCAUUGUGACUUCAUCUUACAAGUCUGUCUAAUCUGCACUACCACUCGAACUGGAGUUUAAAAGAACUGUUUAGAAAUAUUCAGUGUUGUGCCUUUCGAUUCUUCUUGUUCCUUUGGAGAAUGUCUGUUUUUAGAUUGAAUUCUUCAAGUAAAGCUUCCUGUUUAGAAUUGCAGUAUAAAGCACACUCUUUUGACAGAUAUCUUGAACCAAAGUCUCCAUUUAGGUUCUAUUUUUAAGUCCACUAUGUGGAUUGUUUUAGAACCAUCGAGCUACAUGAUAUUUAGUUGUCAUGGUCCAACAGUAUAUGCCAUCCAAAAGUAUAGCAAUAUCUAGGAUAAUAGUUCCUAUGUUCAAAAAGGGUGUAGGUAGUGAAUGUGUUGUCAUUUUAUGGCCUCAAGAAAAAGAUCUUAUUGUGGCUAUUUAGAAUUCUUUGUCAGGUCUUUCUUAAUGUUGAUAUUACUA